AUGGCUCGUGUUUUAACACAACACAGAAACGUAGAAGCCAACUAUACUUGCGCAAAAGAAACAUUUAAAGAAAUUGUAUUAAAAACACUGAAAAUGCGUGAAAUGGAACUACAUCAUAUAUACAAACUCUGCGCAAACACCAUUGAUCCGAAGCAUCAUUUCUUCAAAGGUCCCGGUGAUUGGUCAUGUUUCACAAUCAUCGUGCAACAGCGUCGGGAUGACCCUCGAACCACUAAAAACAUUCUCCAUGUGGCCAAACAUAACGAGCGUGGUAAUACGUCUCUAAGGCGAUUCAACUGCUUCAAUCCCACUUCGGCUCUCUACCUACAUGUCCGUCUGGAAAUCAACUGCGAACACCCAUUACAGAAGGAACAGUCCAUGAAGUCAUAUAACAUAUCAAUCUCACACCGCAUCGCUGGUCGCGCGGGUUACCAAAGUUCGUCGUCAGCCCGAUGUGUUAAGAAGCCCAUUGUGGUUGGCCCAUUUGGCAGCGGGACACUAAACAAAAACACCGGUCAUUCUUUUAAGUUUUGCGUUUCUGCAGGACUAAAGGCAGCAUGUGGCAAGCAGUUCGUAACUGUCAUGUUUAGUCACAGCAUUGGAAUUCGACACUGA